UUCAAGUUUAAGUCAAGCUUUUGGUUUAGGACUUGAUUUGGUUAUUCUUGGUAACAAUAUGAAUGUAUACGGUAAUGAUGUUUAUCCUGAAUUGAAUAGAAUUAUAGAUAGUGAUACAAAGGUCAUCAUGGAUUAUGAA